AUGGCCACCAGAGGAAUUGUAUGGAAAACAAUCGUACCGUAUGCUCCAUGGCAGGGAGGUCUCUAUGAGAGAACGAUCAAAUCCAUCAAACCUAGUCUCUACAAUGUUUUGCAACGGAAGGUUCCAGAUGAGAAAACUCUCGAAACGCUAUCAGUGGAGAUCGAAGGUUGCAUCAAUACCAGACCUCUCACUUAUCAAGAAGAGAAAUGGAAUGAAACACCAGCGCUACGUCUGAUAGAUUUCAUUCAACGUGACGUGGUUGUAACGUAUCCAUGUGAAUUCAGCGAAGAGGAUAAGACGGACCCCGAUUAUCUUCCAGCGGAUGGUGCCGUGAUACUUCAAACUCGACAACAGACGGAAGAAGCACUUAAAACAAGUUAUCAGUUGAUAGAACACUUCCGGAGAAUAUGGAGUCAGCAAUAUCUGACCGCCUUGCGUGAAUCACACAAACUUCACAUCAGCAAUAAACGCGGUACUCUCAAAACCUCAUCCGUCGGGAACGUAGUGUUGAUUGCCGAGCUCUUGGCGCCACGAAGCACCUGGAAAAUGGGCAGAAGUACGAAGACAGACCACUCUCACAACGACGUAUCAGAGAUGUAG